UUAUUCAUCGAUACCGUCCAGUUGUUCAUUUCCCUACCUUGCUGGCUACGUCAUUUGCUGCUUUCACCGCCUCUCAGUUUUACCAUCGCGGUAGAAAAUUACGCAGAAUAGGACAAAUCGGCGUGAUAUUUCGAUCAGAAUGGACAGCGAAGUGAAAGCCUCAAACUUUACCAUUGAGAACGAUGUGCUCAAGGGUAGCGAACCAUUCUGUAAAGUGACGAAUGAUUACAACAGUCUAGGAAAAUUUGUACUAGACAGACUGAAAGAUCAACCACAUCUCGUAGGUCAGAUCGACACGCUAACGCACGAGGUACAAACCUACGAAAAAAUGCGUGAAAGGAGCGUCAGGUGCGCGUUAUGGAUGAAAAGUCAGGGACUUGUUUUAGGGGAUGUCGUCGCAAUCUGUUCCAAUAAUACGUUGGACGUCGCGAUGCCUUGCUACGGGGCGCUCUAUCUGGGAGUGGCUUUUUACCCUUGGGACACAGGAUUGACUUCGAAGAACUUCCAACACCUCAUGAAUACCACUAAACCAAAGAUGGUGUUCGUUUGCGAGGAACUAGUUUCGACUAUCGUUGAGGCGGCAAACGAGGCGGAGCUCGACGCAACAAUAAUUGUGUUCGGUGGAGCUUCCGGAUUACUCGACUACGAAAGCGUUAUCGCUGAGCCAGGAGAAGAUGAGGUGGAGGAUUUCGAGUGCACCCCGAUCGAAAGACCGGAGGAAAUCGCCGUCAUAAUGUCCACGUCUGGAAGCACAGGUCUACCGAAAAGUGUUGCUUUGAGUCACGGCGGUAUCCUCAAACAGUUGCACCAAUCGGACUUUCUCGCGAUAACGGAUAGCAUCUGUCUCAUCUAUUCACCGUUAUCGUGGCUGACUUCAAUGCUGAGCCUUUUCAUGAGCCUUUAUAAAAAUAUCGCACGAUUGAUAGCCCCGCCAUUCGAGGAAGAUUCCGCCUGUAAAAUCAUCGAAGAACUCAAGGUCGACUGGGUGUUCAUGGCUCCCAAUAUGAUAAAAAGACUACUGAACUCCGGUUCCAUUACGAGGCACGAUUUCUCAUCUGUGAAGCACAUCAUGUGCGGUGGAUCACCGCUGAGUGUCGCGUCUCAAGAAGCCCUGGCAAAAGUCUUACCGAACGUCAAUAUUUACCCAUGCUAUGGAUCAACGGAACUCGGUGGCUGCGUGUCAAUAUCAUCGCCCAACUCGAAGCUUGGCUCGGUUGGUCUGAUCGCAAUAAAUUGUCAAUUGAAAGUAGUCGAUCCGAACAACGGGCAAAAGUUAGGGGUCAAUCAGCGCGGCGAGUUUCACUUGAAAGCUCCGACUAUGAUGAAUUUUUACUACAACAAUCCAGAGGCUACGGCCAGUGCGAUAGAUGAAAAAGGGUGGCUACACUCCGGUGAUCUCGGCUACUAUGAUGAGGACGGCGAGGUAUUCAUAGUCGACAGGUUGAAGGAGCUGAUAAAGUAUCGCGGUUUUCACGUCUCGCCAUUCGAAAUUGAAACAAUCCUCUCGUCUCAUCCAGGUGUGGCCGACGUGGCCGUCGUAGGGAUGCCACAUCCCGUCGACGACGAACACCCCCUUGCUUUUGUUGUCAGAGCACCGGAAUAUGUCGAGGUGACCGAAGCAGAGUUGGUUGAUUUGGUGGCCGCUCAAGUAGCAGAUACCAAACGGCUACGUGGUGGUGUAAAAUUCAUCGACCGUAUCCCGAGAACUUCAUCGAAUAAAAUCCAACGGCACGCACUGCGUAACCUGAUAACUUUGUAAAAUGGCAAGGGGGUAAAGUUAACAUGGAAAAUAUUCGCGGCUAUCUAACGGCUUCAAAAUUUUGCCCAUGGCUAUUCAUUUUUGGUAUUCUCUGCAAGUCUACUGCUACACUAAAUUUGCACAAUGAACUGAUCGGCUCGCUCCGCAAUUCCGGUGAGACGCACAACAGCUAGCUUCAUUAUCUAGGCUGCACAGAGGUAAUAAAACAUUGUUCAAAUAAUUCUACUGAAGAUUGAUGGUUGAACCCCGCAUGCGGCAUGCGAUAUUUUCGUAACCGACGUCGGUGUUUUCUUCUUACCUAAAAUUAUGGAUAUCCUAGAAUUUACAUGCCACAGAGGAUGAUAUCUACUACGAUCGCGGUCAACAUCUCAUUGUUACUUAAAAUAUAACGUCAGUCCGUUCGACCCACAAUUGCGGCGUUUAAGUUUGGAGGGGAAAAUAUUACGUUGAUUCUUAGUCAUACUAGUGUAACGGAACAGAGUAGAACGCAAAUCGUAAAAUUGGCACCGGACCAAUUUCACUGCUUGUGAAAUCCGUGGAUUAAAUAACGCGGCACUGUUCUCGAACUGCGAACCGAGUCUCUGAUCUAUGAUUGAUUUUACAUAGUAUACUACAAACACCGCUAAUUAUUGUAAUUCUGGAAACCUGCGUCGAGAUUUUAACUCACAUCACCCCGAAGGUAUAUAAAUGGAAUUUCGGCGUCACGUUGAAAGGCUCUUUUUCAAUCUUGCUUUCGAGAACUGCGAGAUUUUUCAAUUUCAAAUCUGACUUUGAUUAAUUAUUUGGAAAUUCUUGCGAGAGUGGAAGAGAGGAAAAAAACAAAAAUCAGCAUCCCAACUUAACGAGAUCCAUACUUCUAGCAACUACAAUAAAAAUUUCUGCCCACCUCUGUAUUGAUAUUGGAAUGAUCUACGAGCACUUUCGGGAUUUAUUUCGCGCCCGCGGAGCGUGGCACCCAUUUAAUCGAUGAUCGUGAUUUUAACUGUGAAAAUCGACAGAUACCCGUUUUUCACAACGGGUAAUUUUAUUCGGAUUAAAAAUUAUUGCUAAGAUCUUUAUCAUUCCGGGUGUAUACGAUAACGCGAUAUUGGCGUUUACUCUAAAGUAACAUUGGCAAAGUUCCACACCUCGCAAGAUUAUAAGCAAAACUUAAACUGAUGGGGCACAACAAACAUUUGCAUAUGUUGUUAAGACUCAAACGAGAUAUAAAAUAUUAUACAUAGCAUUAUAAUAUGAGCUUUAUUUAUAAGAAGGUUUGUAGAGCUUCGCUUCUGAUCUAAAAUUUCACCCCUAAAGUUUAUGCCAAUAGAAAGCAGAUGUCACACCUCGAUAUUAUCGGUUGCAAACCUGAAGUUAUUCAAAUUUCUAUGUUUGCCAAUCUUCAUGAUUUGACGUAUAGAAAAAUGCCAAUAAAAGAACAAAAUUUAUUCUA